GGACCCAGAGGAAGGGAAGGCGGGCCUAUGUCUCUGGCUUCCCAGAGCCAGUACAGCUAAAUUUAUUCACACUCCGUCGUAUGUGUUCUGAAAACCUUUGUCAGCUACACACAUACGUGGGCUGCAGGACAUGCCUUCCCACCUGCAUGAGACCAUCCAGACUCCAAACUGACGUCUCACGCUUUUGCCCGAAGUAUUUCCUCAAUGUGACGUGCCCUCCCUGUGGCCUGGCCAGUCUCACUGCCAUCAGUGGUACCCUCCCUUGUGCUCCUGAUGUCUACAGUGAAACUUGAGCCGCAGCCUUUGAUGCUCAUGCAGGCAGCGCCUGCUGCCCUGUUCUUUUGUUUGGUCCUGAGGGCUGAACAUCUUGUCAGGCAGUUCAGUGGUGUCUGGGUAACCUACACGUGCAGGAGUGAGAGCUGUGAGCCCCAGCUCUGCUCCACGGCUCUCCCAGCCCAGCGCCUCUCCAGGUGUGCCACCUUGGGAGUCCUCCUCCACAGACCUGUGCCCUCCAGGAAAGGUCCUGCCUCUGUGGGUAUUAAUCCCUAGGAUGAGAUAAUGAGCUUGGGUCUGGGUUAGAGCCUAGGUCCUGCGUAAGUCCUUACUGACCUCUGUGUCUCCCCCUUUCUCCCUGCCUUGUGACCUGAGUAGCCCUGAGCUGGCUAAGUUUCCCCUGGAGCCAAUAUCCUGACCCUCUCUGCUUGGGUUGCGCCCUCCACUCCCAACAGUGCAGUUCUCUGAGGUGUCCGUGGGCCCUGCCCUCCUAGCUCUUUUGCAGAGUGGCUGAAGAGUCUGCUGGGGAUACCUACUGCCCAUUCUUUAGGACCUCCUUGCGGGGGACCCUGUGUUUGGGAAAUGUGGAGCCCUGGAGUCUGGAGUUAGACUCCGGACCAAGUGCACGGUAUGACCUGUCUGGGACCAGGGCUGCCCUCCUACUGGCUGUGAUUCGAGACCGGCUUGGGACACAGCACGAUGUGGCAGCAUUGGGGGAGCUGUGCCAGGCCAUGGGCUUCAAGGUCACCCUGAGGACAGACCCUACAGCUCAGGCAUUCUGGGAGGAGCUGGUUCAGUUCCGAGAGAAGCUGGACUCUCACAAGGGCCCUGUGAGCUGUGCCCUGGUGGCCCUGAUGGCUCACGGGGGGCCACAGGGGCAGCUACUGGGGGCUGAUGGCCAAGAAGUACAGCCUGAGAUGCUGGUGCAGGGGCUGAGCUCCUGCCAGGCACUGCGUGGCCGCCCCAAGGUCUUCCUGCUCCAGACCUGCCGUGGGGGGAACAGAGACCCUGGUGUGGGGCCAAGAGCUCUCCCGUGGUACAGGCGCUGGCUGAGAGCACCCCCAGCCAUCCCCACCCAGGCAGAUGUUCUCCAGAUUCAUGCUGAUGCCCCAGGUAACCCUCCCUCCACUCCAGGCAGCUCUGGCCAAGCAGAUGUCCUUACUGUCUAUGCAGCCGCUGAGGGCUGCGUGGCCUAUCGGGAUGAAGAAAAGGGCUCGGACUUUGUUCAGACACUGGUGGAGGUCAUCAGAGCCAACCCUGGACGAGAUGUCCUUGAGCUGCUAACUGAGGUCAACAGGAGGGUUUGUGAGCUGGAUGUGCUGGGACCAGACAGUGAUGAGCUGCGCAAGGCCUGCUUGGAGAUCCUCUCUCUCCCCCUUCCGCGCUCUGCCAGCGAUGCAGCGUCUUGGGCGUGGGAGUUCAAAUAGUGUGUAAUAAAUAUCUGCUCACAAUCGUUGUGCUCCGGGAAAUGCAUGCACUCUGUGAAAUAAGUGAAGUAACGGGUGAAGUACCUGACCCUGGAUAGGGGAACAGCUGUGCUCCUGAGGACCAGAGGCUGUCUGUGUCUCGCCUCUGGGGCUAUGGAACCUAACAGGAUAUGCUGGGAGAGGCCCAAGGAGAAAGAAGUCCCGGGAAGGACCAGCUCAGGGGCCCAGCUCUCUCCUGCCGAGUUCCUGGUGCGUGCGUUCUUCAGUCCCCACCUGGCUCUGGGCACCAAGAUGCAGGGGAGGCGAGCCAGGUCGGGUCCGGAGACUGGAAGACCUCUGCGGAUACACCGGUGAUGUGACGGCGCAAGCGCAUGGGCUGUUCCUGAGCCUGAGUUGAGGAGGAGAGGCGGAGGAGAUCCGAAAGGCGAGCCUCUCCGAUUCAGAGGGGCUUCCGUUCACGGACUGCCCAGGAGCGCUCAGACUGAUUCAAAUUUAUUGAAGCUCCCAAGCAGCUUUCACUAAACAGACUAACCCAAGGGGUAGGACCUUUCCAGUUUAAGCAUGCGCAGUAGGCUCUUACGAAAGCCUUAUGAAAAGAAUGAGGAGAGAAGUAAGACGUGGGGCCGCGUGGCCUAAUGGAUAAGGCGUCUGAUUCCGGAUCAGAAGAUUGGGGGUUCGAGUCCCUUCGUGGUCGCUGCAAGUGUUUAGUUUUUACAAAUUCCUACUUGAUUUCCCAUUCCAGGGUUUUCUCUAUUUUCACCCUACGCCUCAGGACGGGUAUCCCGGACCACAGGAGAGCGAACUAACUCCCAAGAAAGAUGCCAGACUGAAUUGUUUGCGGGAGAAGCUGGGAGUUGUCCCAAGGGGAAGCCAAAGACGUUUUGAUUAAAAAACUCAACAGGC